UGUUUAAUGGGUGAAAAAGAAAAAGCUUCCAAUAUGAAGCCAAGGAUAGUGAACAAUUGCUAUAUUAGAUGCUUUAACAAUCAAAAAAAGAAAAGAAAAAAGGUGAAAGGUAGCAACAUUAGAUGCUUGACACAGCAAACAGUUCUGAAAAUCAUGAAUCAUUGAAGUCCUGAUCACAACACUCAAAGACACACAUUUCUGUUCCUGUUCCUGUUCUUUAAUGGCUUUAAAUUCUCAUCUUCUUCUGGUUCUGCAUCUGUUCUUCAUAUCGUCUGUAGUUUCCCAAGUUUCAGAGUUUAUUAGCAUAGAUUGUGGAAGAACAAGUAAUUACACUGACCCAGUUAUUGGGUUAUCAUGGAUUUCGGAUUUGAGUUUCAUGAGCCAUGGAAAAUCAGUAAAAUUAGAGAACAACAAUGGAAGUUUGAUGCAGUAUCAAUGGAGGAGAGAUUUUCCAACAGACAGCAAGAAGUACUGUUACACUCUAAGCACCAAGGAGAGGAGGAGAUAUAUUGUAAGAGCAACAUUUCAGUAUGGGAAUCUAGAAAAUGAAGAAACAUACCCUAAAUUUCUGCUCUACUUGGAUGCAACUAGGUGGUCUACUGUGACAAUUUUGGAUGGGUCAAGAGUAUAUGUGAAAGAGAUGAUAAUUAGGGCACCUUCAAGUUCUAUUGAUGUGUGCAUAUGUUGUGGUGUAACUGGAUCUCCUUUCAUAUCUACUCUUGAGCUAAGACCCUUGAAUCUUUCAAUGUAUGCCACAGAUUAUGAGGAUAAUUUCUUCCUCGAAGUAGCUGCUAGAGUUAACUUUGGUGCUCCAAGCACUGACGUUGUAAGGUACCCAGAUGACCCUUAUGACAGAAUUUGGGAUUCUGAUAUGGAUAGAAGGCAAAAUUAUCUUGUAGGUGUUGCUCCUGGGACUGUUAAAAUCAAUACAUCAAAGAACAUAGAUGUAAAUACUAGAGAAUACCCGCCUGUCAAGGUGAUGCAAACAGCGGUGGAAGGCACCCAAGGAGUACUAAGCUACAGGUUAAACCUGGAAGAUUUCCCUGCCAAUGCUCGAGCCUUUGCGUACUUUGCUGAAAUUGAAAACCUGGGUGAGAAGGAGACAAGGAAAUUCAAGCUGCAGCUACCUUCCACUCCUGACUACAGCAAUGCAGUGGUGAAUAUUGCUGAGAAUGCUAAUGGUACCUAUAGACUCUAUGAGCCUAGUUACAUGAAUGUGACCCUAGAUUUUGUUCUAUCAUUCUCCUUCGUUAAGACUCAAGAUUCGACUCGAGGACCAGUUCUAAAUGCAAUUGAGAUAAACAAAUACCUUCAAAUUUCCUCAAAGACAGAUAGCCGUGAUGUUACUGUUCUCAAUGACCUUUGCUCCAUGAAUGCUGAGAGUAUUUCGAUGAAUGAAGGAGGCGAUCCUUGUGUCCCAGCUCACUGGCAGUGGAUAACUUGUAGCUCAGCUACACCACCAAGAGUCUCCAAAAUUGCUCUCUCAGGAAGGAAUUUGAAGGGUGAUAUUCCCCCUGAGAUUAAUAAAAUGGAAGAAUUGACUGAGUUGUGGCUGGAUGGAAACUACCUUACUGGACCACUUCCUGAUAUGAGUAAUCUUAUCAAUUUGAAAAUUGUACAUCUGGAGAACAACAAAUUGACCGGUUCAUUACCAUCAUACCUUGGCAUCUUGCCUAACUUACAAGAAUUGUACAUACAGAACAACUCUUUCAGUGGGGCAAUUCCUUCGGAUUUAUUGACCAGAAAACUAGUUUUUUUCAAUUACAGAAAUAAUCCUGGACUAUAUAAAGCAUCAGACCGAAAGAUGCGAUUUAAGUUGAUACUUGGAGCUUCAAUUGGGAUACUUGCAGUUCUUUUGGUUCUGUUCAUAGGAAGUUUACUACUACUGCGUCAAUUAAAGCAACCUCGUGAUAAAACAAAGGAUCAAGGUGAUUCUUUGCGGAAUGGCAGCAAAAAUCCAACUGCACAUUCUAUUGCAAAGAGCUGGCGCUUAAUGGACGAAGGCAUUGCCAGCUAUAUUUCACUUCCUGAGCUAGAAGAAGCUACAGAGCAUUUUUCAAAGAAGGUUGGCAAAGGCAGCUUUGGAACAGUUUAUUAUGGCAAGAUGAAAGAUGGGAAAGAAGUAGCAGUCAAGAUCAUGGCCGAUUCAUCCAGCCAUGGGACUCAGCAGUUUGUAACAGAGGUUGCUCUUUUGUCAAGAAUUCAUCACAGAAACUUGGUUCCUUUGAUUGGAUAUUGUGACGAAGAAAAUCAACGAAUUCUGGUUUAUGAAUACAUGCACAAUGGAAGCUUGAGGGAUCGCAUUCAAGCUUCAAUCAAUCAAAAACCCCUGGACUGGCUAGCUCGUUUACGUAUUGCUGAAGAUGCAGCUAAAGGUCUUGAAUACUUGCACACUGGUUGCAAUCCCAGUAUCAUCCACCGAGACGUGAAAACCACCAAUAUUCUGCUUGACAAUAAUAUGAGAGCAAAAGUCUCGGAUUUUGGACUAUCAAGACAAGCUGAAGAAGAUUUGACUCAUAUAUCAAGUGUAGCACGAGGAACUGUCGGUUACCUGGAUCCCGAGUACUAUGCAACCCAGCAAUUGACAGAAAAGAGUGAUGUUUACAGUUUUGGGGUUGUUCUUCUGGAAUUGAUCUCCGGGAAAAAGCCCGUCUCCAUGGAAGAUUUUGGUGCUGAAUUAAACAUUGUUUACUGGGCAAGAUCCUUGAUUCGCAAAGGGGACGUGCUAAGCAUUGUAGAUCCAUUUCUAGCAGGAAAUGUGAAGAUUGAGUCAAUAUGGAGAAUAGCAGAAGUGGCUAUCCAAUGUGUUGAGCAGCGAUCGGUUUCAAGGCCUAGGAUGCAGGAGAUAAUCCUGGCUAUACAAGAUGCUAUCAAGAUCGAAAAGGGUGAUGAAGGCAAGAUAACUUCUGGGAGCUCAAAGGCUCAGUCUUCCAGGAAAACAUUGCUUACAAGCUUCCUUGAAAUAGAGAGCCCCAAUGUUUCAGCUUCUGGUAUAGCCCCUGCUGCAAGAUAGCUUUUGUUCCAUUCCAUCCCUCACCUCCUAAGAGAGAGCAUAAAUAACCUUGUCUUUGCUUGACUUACCAAUCCUUAGCUUGUACAUUCCUAUUUAGAGAGUUAUUGGAUAAUCCAAACACAUUAAGGCUUUGUUUUGUAGUCCGUAAUAUUGUUAUCUAGUGUAUAAGUUAAUCAUUA